UUUUUGUGUCAGAAAUUAAUAUUUUUUUAACUUGCCAUGCAUUUUUUUAAGUUAAUAUACUUUUUAUUUAUUCUAUUAUGCUUAGCCCAAAGUGUGGAGCUAACAGUAAGAUCAGAUCGUAUGAAGCGAAUCGCUACUCCAAAUUUUGAUGAAGAAUUUUAUCGAACAUUGGCCAAAUAUGUUGUCUCAAUUAGAUCACGAACACCGCACAAAUAUUUUGGCGAUAAUCAUUUCUGUGGCGGCACUAUAAUAUCCCCGAUAUUUGUGAUAACAGCCGGACAUUGCGUGAUGGACAAACGCAAGAUUAUGCAUCGAAGUAGAGUGAUAUUGGUAGUUGCUGGAACUCCAAAUCGACUUAAGCACAUUCUUGGGGCCACUUUAAAUAUGCCCGCCGAAAAGAUCUUUGUGCACACAAACUUUACUUUGUAUAAUACAAACAAUAUUGCGCUCAUUAAGUUGGCAGAAUCUUUGCCAUCGAACAAUAAACAUGUGGGAUUCAUCAAGCUGCCAUCGAAACCUCCCAAUGAAGGCAGUCAUUUUAGAGUGAUGGGCUGGGGACGUGUUUACGAGGGUGGCGCUCUUGCUUCGAGAAUACUUUAUGUUGAUGUUAAGUUGCGAAAUCGAUCGUUUUGUGAAUCGUUUAUUAACUAUUUCUCGGCUGAAAUGCUAUGCGCUGGCAAUUUCGUGGAGAGCGACGAAGAUCCAUGUCCAGGGGAUUCUGGAGAUCCAUUUCUUCAAGAUCUUACGCUCUAUGGAGUUGUUACUUAUGGUCUUGGCUGUGGCAACACUCAUAUGCCUUCAGUUUAUUCGAAUGUUUGGUACCACAUGGAUUGGAUUAAUGAGAUACUCACUGAGAAUAGAGGUCGAAAAAUUAUGGAACAAUCUUUAUUACUUCGACUAAAUCUAUUGAUAAUAUUUAUCAUGAACUGUUUUUACUUCAAUUUUUACAAAUUUAUUUGAAUAUAAGUAAGGUUGAAUAGCAA